AUGCAUAUUAUUCUUGUUCUGCUUCUUGCAGCUGCGGCCUUUCUCAACCAAGCUUAUGCAGAAAGUCUUGCUCCGGAGCCUGCACCACAACUCUCCGCAACUAACUUUGCUUUCCCUUCUUUCGACACUCAAAGUUGCAGCUCCUCCAGCAACCUACUCUGCCUCGGCGCUGUUACAGCCCAUGAUGGUUUCCUAAGCCUUACGCCAGAGCCUUCGCUAUUCCCUGGCUUUCGAAACUCAAAUAAACACAAGGUUGGAUGGGUUCUAUACCGUCAACCAGUGGUUGUUUGGCCAGCAUUUUUAUCUACCGUCUUCAAAUUCAGAAUUGUCGUAGCCUCCAAUUCAUCGGCUGGAGAUGGAGUGUCAUUUCUUAUGCUUCCAGUUAAUAGACCUUCACUAGAUGAUCUUGGAAUCGUAGGACAACCAAAUACAAAACCAGGUAGUGAUAUUCGUCAAUUAACAGUGCGGCUGGAUACUUACAAGAACAACUUUGACAUUGAUGGGAAUCAUAUCACUGUUGACACAGCAAGCGUAGAAAGACCACUAAUAGCUGCGAGUCCCAAUGGUAGCGGAAUUGACCUUAAAAGUGGCAAGGUUAUCAAAGUUCAAAUCGAUUAUAAUAGCUGGACUAAAUGGCUUGAAGUACAUGCAGGAUAUGAAUCAAACCCACUUGAGAAGAUUGUUUCCCGACAAAUUGACGUCACAGGUAGGAUUCCAAACUCCAUGUAUGUUGGCUUCGCAGCUGUCACUCAGAAUUUCGCAGAGAGCCAUCAACUUCUCAGCUGGGAAUUUAAAUCUACAACAAAGUGGAACCAUUAA